CGGGAGCGCGGGGAGCGGGAGCGCGGGGACCCACAGCCGGAGCCGGCAGCAGCCGCAGCCGGCCGGAGCAGCAAAACAGAGGAUGCCUGCCGCCCGCUCGCCGCUUCUCUGCGCGCCCGCCAUCUCCUCCACGUCCUCAUGAAUUAGGGCUGCGCGGUGGGGGUGGGGGACGGCAGCGAGCGCCCCGGCGAAACCGGCGCCCCAGGCAUGGCCGGCUCGUGUGCCGUCCAGGUGAAGCUGGAGCUGGGGCACCGAGCCCAGGUCAGGAAGAAACCCACCGUGGAGGGCUUCACCCACGACUGGAUGGUGUUUGUCCGAGGGCCUGAGCACAGCAACAUUCAGCACUUUGUGGAGAAAGUCAUUUUUCACCUGCACGAGAGCUUCCCCAGGCCGAAAAGAGUGUGCAAGGACCCACCCUACAAAGUUGAAGAAUCUGGAUAUGCUGGUUUCAUUUUACCAAUUGAGGUUUACUUCAAAAACAAGGAAGAACCUAAGAAAGUUCGAUUUGACUAUGACUUAUUCCUGCACCUUGAAGGCCACCCACCUGUAAAUCACCUCCGCUGUGAAAAGCUCACAUUCAACAACCCGACAGAGGAAUUCAGAAGAAAGCUGCUAAAGGCAGGAGGGAUGAUGGUAAUGUCAGAUGGCACAUCGUUUUCUUCAGGGCAGAGCCUUCAUCUCCCCAGCCUUCCCAGUAACUCCCUGUCUUUUUCUGAAGUGAAGAAGAAAUCAUCUCAUGGGCCAAAGGACCCAGCUAGGAUUCUGAACAUAAAUAGCAGCAGCAGUAGUAACAGUUUUUCAAAGACCCAGAAGUUAACAAAGGAGCACAAAGAAAAAAAUUCUAAAGACUCAAAAGAACAAAAAAGUGCCUUCAAAGAACCUUCCAGGGAACAUAACAAAUCUUCCAAAGAAUCCUCUAAGAAACCCAAAGAAAAUAAACCACUAAAAGAUGAAAAAAUGGUUCCUAAGAUGGCCUUCAAGGAGCCCAAACCCAUGUCCAAGGAACCAAAAUCUGAAAACACUCCCAUCCUUUCCAUAACAUGUGGGCAGCAGCAAGAAAAGAAGACUCUCACAAAAAGGCCCUCUGUGCUGGACACUGAUGAAUCUUCUGUAAGAAAAAGAAAAAAACCCAGCUCAGAUUCAUUAUUUAAAAGUUUUCCUAGUGCCCCACCACUGAUUCUUACUUGUUCAGCUGACAAAAAGCAGACAAAAGAUAAAUCUCAGCUCAAGGUGGGGAGAGUCAAAAUUGAAAAUGAUGCACUGGAAAGGAAGACGUCUACUCUGCCACCCUUUGAUGAUAUUGUAGAUCCCAGUGAUUCUGACAUGGAGGAAAACGUGUCCUCUAAGUCUGACUCUGAACAGCACAGUCCUGCCAGUUCCAGCUCCAGUUCCAGUUCCAGUUUUACACCAUCUCAAAACAACAGACAACAAGGUCCGUUGAGGACUAUAAUGAAAGAUCUGCAUUCAGAUGAUAAUGAAGAUGAAUCAGAUGAAGCAGAUGAGAAGGACAAUGAUUCUGAGUUGGAACAACCUAUAAAUACACGAGGAGGAGGCAGGAGUCGCAGGGUUAGUCUCAGUGAUGGCAGUGAUAGUGAUAGCAGCUCAGCUUCCUCACCUCUGCAUCAUGAUCCAGCACCACCUGUACUGAAAACGAACAACAGCCAGAUUUUAGAAGUAAAAAGUCCAAUAAAGCAAAACAAAACAGAUAAACAAAUGAAGAAUGGGGAUUGUGAUAAGGCAUAUCUUGAUGAACUAGUAGAGCUCCACAGAAGAUUAAUGACAUUGAGGGAGAGACAUGUACUGCAGCAGAUAGUAAAUCUUAUAGAAGAAACUGGACACUUUCAUAUCACAAAUACAACCUUUGACUUUGAUCUUUGUUCACUGGACAAAACCACAGUCCGUAAACUGCAGAGUUAUCUGGAAACAUCUGGAACCUCCUGAGGAUUCAGCAUAUGGCUGUGUCAAAAACUGUUCUUUAAAUGAUGUAUGCAGAAUGAUGCGACCAAAAUGGAGGGGAGAAAAACCAAAAACCUCUUCAGCUUUUAUUUUUCCUUAAAGCCAGUCUCUUGAUAAGGGAGAGCAAAAGUGACCAGACUCAGAGGACCACUCUUCUCAAGAAGAAAAUGCUCUGGAAGAGUUUGCCUGGAUAGCCUUGAAAAACAAACACAGAAAAACAAACAAAAAUACUUGUUCUUAAUGAAUGUGUAUGAUAUCAUGUAUCUCUCUCUGUGGUGUUCAAGUCCACAAGAUGAAUGCAUGUUCAACACACUGCCUUACUACAUAACUGAUCUAUUUAUUAUUGCAUACAUGUAUCCUAAAUUCAAUGAGUCACUGAGUGACACUACCAGAUAUUGCAAGUAGUGGAGUCCCUUGUGUGCUCUUUUGAUGCAGUACUUUCACAAGCCUACUUACCUUAUCCACAUUAAAAUGCCACUUCUUGCUAUCUUUCUUUAGUCUAUUAAAACACUACAGUCUUGAUUCCACUGCUGCAGUUCUGGGAAACACGAUACAAACUUGGCGACCAAGCAGUGGUCUUGUAUUUCAUUUCCUGUCUACCACAGUAUGUUGGACCACAGCAAGCUGGACUGCAGGUCCUUGAUUCUAUCCACUUGUUGAUAUUGACCAUGGUUAAAAAUGCACCAAAUAGGUUCAUAUGACUUGCUGUCUAGCCUCAGUGAAUAAACCAAUCAGACUUUCAACAAAAAAUGCUAUGUAUACUGUCCUGAACCUGGCAACUGUUACAGUCUACAUUUUUGUGUCCAUUUAAAUGUUACAAAAUUAAAUAUAUAUUAGAGUGAAGGCAUUCUGUAGGAGCUCAUGAUAAAAGAAAAAGUACUGAUCCUGUCCUUAAAGAACAUGUUGUAGAAAAUUUUUAAUUUGGAGCUAUUUAUUACUUUGAGUUUCAACACUCUUCUGCUGUGUGUGACUCACUUCUACCAUAAAACUUUUUGCAUAACGUUUUUGUUCGUUCAUAUAGUAUAUGAUCUGCUUAGUUUGUUUUGGGGAUUUUUUUUCUGAUUUAGUUUGUUUUUUUACAACUGCUAAAUUAAAACCUUUUAUUUGAAAA